AUGGACCCUCGAUUCCGCCGCCCCACUGUCUCUGACGGCCAAGUGCGUUGCAGCCACGGCAAUGACCUCCGCCGUCACAAUAUCCGCAUCCCUCCUGAACGCCUUGCCAAGCUCCGUCCACCUAGGGCGGCAAACGUGUCGAGUCUAGUGAAAGUGACAUACACAGUAACAGGUGGCAGCGGCAGCAGUAUUGCUCACACGGCCGCCAAUGCCAUACACGCGGUCAGCAACAACACCACGAUGGCCACGGCCAUGACCUCUGAUCCCGAGACGGGCGCUACGCGGGCCACGCCCGUGGCCCUAAACACCCUCGCUAAUGAAUCUACCAUCACUAACAUGCACGACUCCUCGGCCAUCGCCCCGGCCUCUUACACCAACACCAACACCAACACCACCAACAACAACAACAACAACAACAACAACAACAACAACAACAACAACAACAACAACAACAACAACGCAGCCAAGCAAGCCGCCACCAACUACACGACGUACAUACCGGGACAGGGCAACGAGGAGAUCGUCUUCGUCACCGUGACUGUGACCGUGCCGUCGUCCACGACCACCGUCACGACCAUAACACUACCCACCACCACCACCGGUAUUAUCAUGCCGUCCUUCUCGGGGAGCUUGCGGCCGCCGCCGUCGGUGCCGGGCCCACCGCCGUCCGAGGACGUGCCCCUCAGCGACACGUCCGAGCCCUCCAAGAUCAGUAGCACCGCCUACUACAGUGGCAGCAGCAUCAACAAAAAUAGUAGCACCACCACCAAGCGAAGCACCACCGGCACGGCCACAGGCACGGCAACGAGCAAAAAACCAACGUCGCUGGCUCGAACAACAGUUUCAAAACCAACAAGCACAGCAACAGCAAACCAUUCCCUCACGGCGAGCACAAAAACCCCCACAUCGGCCCCCUCAGCAGAAGCCGACGGCAGCGGCAGCGGCGGCCUUAGCCCGGUAGCGACAGUACUGAUCUCACUAGCUGUGGGCGUGGCAGCGAUCGCGCUCGUGGGCUGGGGCGCGGUGCGGCUGCUGCGGCGGCGCAAGCAGAAACUGGCCGCGCGGCAGCAGCUAGGGCGGCAGGAGGAGCAGCGGCUGAUGGAGGGGUCUGUGGUGCAUGGCGGGGAGGGGUUUAUAUGA